UCCACUCUCCCUGUCCUACCCGGAAGAUGAAUGAGCAAAGCCAAAGAGGGACGAAACAAUCGCGGAGCUGGAAAAUGAUCACCAACCGUCGAUCUCAUGUCCUUCGACGGUAGCUUCUUCAAACCUCAGCAGUUUGAGCCUUCUUCCCCGUAUCAACCCCUUCCUUCAGAAAGGCAGAAAUUUGAGGCAGAGACGAGAUAGAAGACAGACUCCGACCCUCUGCAACUCCAAUUCACGGAGAACGACUAAGCUGAGAGAGAUAGACAAGUAAAUUGAUUCUCCAUAUCGGUGAGAAAUCCUUUGUCUGCAGAUUGAUUUGGCCUGAUUUCGUGUCUCCACCCCUCUGCCGAGAUCUACUAAUUGCUGCCUGCUCCGUUAUUCUGCAAUUCGUGAUUUCGGCCCCCCAAUUGCUUACGAAAAUGCCUCGUUUAAGCCCCGAGGACGUAGGGGUGAUUGAGUUGUUCGAGUUUGCGAAGAAAGCUGGCGAUGCCGCCGUCGGCGACGACAUUUCCUCCAACGGUCCGGAGGUCGGUCGAUGUGUCGAUGCCCUCAAACAGCUCGGUAAUUACCCAAUUACUUACGAGAUUCUCGUCUCUUCUCAGGUUGGGAAACGGCUGCGAGCUCUAACCAAGCAUCCAGUAGAUCAGGUCCAAACCGUGGCCAGUGACUUGCUUGAGAGUUGGAAACAGUUGGUUGUGAAUGAGACUACUAAAAGGAAACAAGCUGAAAAAUCUCCAACUGCAAGCGCUGUAAAAGUAGAAAAAACAUCAACCAAUGGAGCAGUGAAAGUAGAGAAAGCAAAGUCAUCCUCCAAUGGAGCAAUCAAAGUCGAGAACAGGGCUGGACCAGACAUUGUUAAAGUCGAGAAGACAAUAGUGGAGGAGAUAAAAUCUCACCAUGCAAAUAAACCGCCACGGCCAGCAGCUAUUGCUCCUCCAAAGCUCAGUUCUCUUGUAAGAUGCAAUGAUCCCAUGAGGGACAAAGUCCGCGAACUUCUUGCCGAAGCCCUAGCAAAGGUCGUUGGGGAGGUUGAUGAUGAUGAUGAUAUUACGCGGGAAGUAGGUGCACGAGAUCCCAUCCGAGUUGCUGUCUCAGUGGAAUCUGCAAUGUUUGACAAGUUGGGGAAGUCGAAUGGGGGCCAGAAGUUGAAGUACAGAUCCAUCAUGUUCAACAUCAAGGAUCCUAAAAACCCAGAUUUGAGGAGGAAAGUGCUGCUGGGUCAAAUUAACCCGGAGAGGCUCAUGACAAUGACCCCUGAAGAAAUGGCGAGUGAAGAGAGGCAGAUGGAGAAUAAGCAGAUGAGAGACAAAGCUCUGUUCGAGUGUGAGCGUGGUGGCCCGCCACAGGCCACGACCGAUCAGUUCAGGUGCGGGCGGUGUCGUCAAAAGAAGUGUACUUACUACCAGAUGCAGACUAGGAGCGCUGAUGAGCCCAUGACUACGUACGUAACAUGUGUAAACUGCAGCAACCGCUGGAAGUUCUGUUAGAAUCUUCAUCUGUUUUAUGGGGAUUGUUUGCCUUUGCUUCUCUCUGCAACUUCUUUUUGAAGAGAGCCUCGGUUGGUAAAAUUGCAGAGCAGAGGUAGGCAGCGUUGUUAAUUAAUUUGUUAUUUUGGGUCUUGGGAUAUUUAGAUUAGAAUCUGUUUCAUUGACAUCACAGUAGUAAUUUACGGUUAUUUGUCGAGUGGAUUAGAUGCUAGGUCCAUUGUCUCUGUGUUGUAAGCUGUACCGGGAAUAACCGAUGAUUGUGAGAGCAGACCACUGUAACGAGGCAAUUCUCCGAGCGAGGAUAGAUUGCAUAGACAAGGAGCAGCAUUGUCUUGUUGCCAUUGAAAUGAUGAUACUAAUAAUGAUAUCGGAGCAACAUGGCGCUGGUGAUGUGUACUUCUGAUGGUGUACUUAAGAGGUCUUAGAGGCUGAAGGCGCUGGAGAAACAUCAAAUUCUGGAUAUCUUUGUUGUUUGGAUUGCAUUUUAGGACUGGAUGGCUGUCAACAUAUUGAAAUUCCUCCCUACU